UCGAAGUCCAAAAAGGGAUCCAGCGCUCCACCGCAGCUCCACCGCUCCACCAGCCAUGGGUGCUGCCCUUUGUAGCGAAGCGCCGCUUCCACAUCCACGCGUGCACGUGUGCCGCUUCCCCAUGUAUGUGGUGAAGGUCUCGGACUUCCUGCAGAUGACGGGCACGCCGGAGGCGCAUGACAGCUUAUUGCAGAAGGGUUUGCUUCAUCAGUGGGAGCCAGGCAUGUUCACACUCUUCGUGUCGCAUCAGUGGCUGGGCUCGCAGCACCCCGACCCCGCGGGGCAGCAGCUGGGCGUGUUGCGCGUCGCGCUGCGGCGGAUCUUGGAGCAGAGCCUCCAAGUCGAGGAGGAUUUGACAUCCAUGACGCCCUCGGCGCGUCUGGCGCCGGAGCGCAUCAAACGGCUGAGCCCGCAGACGCUGCAGCGGAUCGAGAGGGGCUAUCUCUUUGUGGAUUGGUUUGCGAUACCCCAGAUCACAGCCCGGAAGCACGGGAUCAACGAGGACGACACCCGCUCCAAUGCGGCGAGGGCGGUGCAAAGCAUCCCCGCCUAUGUGGAGGCUGCGGACCUCUUCUUGGCCUUGGUACCAGAACUUCCUCAUGCCGACACUGGCCUCACCUGCAGCUACACCUCCUGGCUCUCUCGUGGCUGGUGCCGCGCCGAGCUGUGGUGCCGUUUGCUGUCCAACAAGCCUGACACCAGCAUCAUCGUGAUCUAUUCCACCGGUGAAGCCGAACUGAUGUUUCCCUUGGACUGGCAGCGGAACUUGAUCGCCGAUGGGCGCUUUACCGUGGAGUCCGACCGUGCGGUGGUGGUGAAGCUGGGCGAGGCCGCACUCGCCAGUAAGUUGGAGACCUUGCGCAGCGAAGGUCCGGUGAGCCACUAUCGCUUCUACUUGGCGUGCCGGCCACGGCUCCUGGGUCAGCAGCCGGUCACUCUGGACUCCGAGGACUUCCUCCGCUACUUCCACUUCCCCUCCCUCCGGGCGGCCGCAGAGGGGCGCAGCUGCCGCGACGGCCUGACUGGACUUCUUUGCGCGGUGCUCGCGGGCAACGCGCACAUGAUCCGCAUGCUGGCCAAGUACCGUGCUGAUGUGAACGACCGCCUGGGUGACUUGAGUGAGCUUGGCUACUAUGAGACUCAAACCAUGCUCAUGGCCGCUGCCAAGUCCCACCAGGAGCCACUCAUCCUCGAGACCCUCAUCGAACUCCGCGCAGACGUGCACGCGCAAGCGCGCAGCGGCAUUGGCUGCACCUUCGUGGUCCGCUCGGCAGGGCAAGUGCAGUGCCUCCUGGCCUUCCGCGCCGACUUCGAAGGCAAAGUGUCCGCCGCGCCACUGAACGGCGCCGCCUCGCGUGCGGACACGGCCACGGUGGCGGCGCUGCUGGCAGCGAAGUGCGAGCCGGACUAUCCCGUUCACGCGAAGUAUGGCGCCCUCACAGCGGCAGCGCUCUUUGGGCGGGGGAACCCCUGCUGCGCCUCCAAUGUACGGCUGCUGCUGGAGCACCAGGCCUUGGUGGACCGGAGGGCCAGGCCAGUGCCGCCUUUGGCGGAAGAGUGCGCAUUGGCUGGGGAGAAGGCUGAUGAGAUCGGCCUCGAGCAGAGUUCCACCUUGGUGCGCACCUGGGGCUCUUUGCCAGGCAUGACGCCCUUGCACGCGGCGGCGCUCGUGGGCAACUCCAAGCUGGUGCGAAGCCUCCUCGAGUAUCGAGCACAGCUGUUGAUGAACGACCGGGGAAACUUGCCGCAUGAGUUGGCACAGGCAUGUGGCCACACGCACUUGCUACCGUUGCUGGAGACCUUUUAUAUUUGAAGCCCGCCCAGCCGCGGCUGCUUCAGGUCUCCGCAAGUAGGUUGGAGGCCUCAUCAAUCUUCUGAAAAUACACCUGCCUUGGUCAACAGCUGGUCAAAACAGAAGAUACGGCCGGUCCAAACAUCAGCUGACAGGGCCCAGCACGUCCGGCAGUGGGAGAGAACGCGCUCCCUGCUACGCCCCCUCACCCCCUGGCUUCC